AUGAAGGUGGUGAACCUGAAGCAAGCCAUUUUGCAAGCCUGGAAGGAGCGGUGGAGUGACUACCAGUGGGCAAUCAACAUGAAGAAAUUCUUCCCCAAAGGAGCCACGUGGGACAUUCUCAACUUAGCAGAAGCACUGCUGGAGCAGGCCAUGAUUGGACCUUCCCCCAAUCCUCUCAUCCUGUCCUACCUGAAGUAUGCCAUUAGCUCCCAGAUGGUGUCUUACUCCUCUGUCCUCACGGCUAUCAGUAAGUUUGAUGACUUUUCCCGGGACCUGUGUGUCCAGGCUUUGCUCGAUAUCAUGGACAUGUUUUGUGACCGACUAAGCUGUCAUGGCAAAGCCGAGGAGUGCAUCGGGCUGUGCCGGGCUCUUCUCAGCGCCCUCCACUGGCUGCUGCGCUGCACUGCAGCCUCUGCCGAGCGGCUCCAGGAGAGGCUGGAGGCUGGCGCUCCAGCUGCGGGGGAGAAGCAGCUUGCCAUGUGCCUGCAGCGCCUGGAGAAGACCCUCGGCAGCACCAAGAACCGGGCCCUGCUCCACAUCGCCAAACUCGAGGAGGCCUCCUCCUGGACAGCUAUCGAACAUUCUCUCUUGAAGCUUGGGGAGAUCCUGGCCAAUCUCAGCAACGCCCAGCUGCGGAGCCAGGCCGAGCAGUGCGGCACACUCAUUAGGAGCAUCCCCACGAUGCUGUCCGUGCACUCCGAGCAGCCGAACAAAACUGGCUUCCCCACGGUCCACGCGCUGGUCCUGCUGGAGGGCACGAUGAACCUGACGGGCGAGACGCAGCCGCUGGUGGAGCAGCUGAUGAUGGUGAAGCGCAUGCAGCACAUCCCCACCCCGCUCUUUGUCCUGGAGAUCUGGAAAGCCUGCCUCGUGGGGCUCAUCGAGUCUCCCGAGGGGACGGAGGAGCUCAAGUGGACGGCAUUUACCUUCCUCAAGAUCCCACAGGUUUUGGUGAAGUUGAAGAAAUACUCUCAUGGGGACAAGGACUUUACCGAAGAUGUCAAUUGUGCCUUUGAGUUCCUGCUGAAGCUCACACCCUUGCUGGACAAAGCCGACCAGCGCUGCAACUGUGACUUCACAGACUUCCUCCUGCAGGAGAGUCGGAAGCAGGGGCUUCUGUCUGAGGCCAGUGUGAACAGCCUCAUGGCCAAGCGCGCCGCAGACCGGGAGCACGCCCCCCAGCAGAAAUCGGGAGAAAACGCCAACAUCCAGCCCAACCCCGGGCUGAUCCUCCGCGCGGAGCCCACUGUGACCAACAUCCUCAAGACGAUGGAUGCAGACCACUCCAAGUCCCCGGAGGGGCUGCUGGGGGUGCUGGGCCACAUGCUGUCCGGGAAGAGCCUGGACUUGUUGCUGGCUGCGGCUGCUGCCACGGGAAAGCUUAAGUCCUUCGCCCGGAAAUUCAUCAAUUUGAACGAAUUCACGACACACGGCAGUGAGGAAAGCACCAAGUCGGCCUCCGUGCGCGCCUUGCUCUUCGACAUCUCCUUCCUCAUGCUGUGCCACGUGGCCCAGACCUACGGCUCUGAGGUGAUCCUGUCUGAGUCGAGCACCGGGGCAGAGGUGCCCUUCUUUGAGACCUGGAUACAGACCUGCAUGCCCGAGGAGGGCAAAAUCCUGAAUCCUGACCACCCCUGCUUCCGGCCGGACUCCACCAAAGUGGAGUCCCUGGUGGCCCUGCUCAACAACUCCUCCGAGAUGAAGCUGGUGCAGAUGAAUUGGCACGAGGCCUGUCUCAGCAUUUCAGCCGCCAUCUUGGAAAUCCUCAACGCCUGGGAGAAUGGGGUGCUGGCCUUCGAGUCCAUCCAGAAAAUCACAGACAACAUCAAGGGGAAGGUGUGCAGUCUGGCCGUGUGCGCCGUGGCUUGGCUCGUGGCCCACGUGCGGAUGCUGGGCCUGGAUGAGCGGGAGAAGUCGCUGCAGAUGAUCCGCCAGCUGGCGGGGCCGCUGUACAGCGAGAACACCCUGCAGUUCUACAACGAGAGGGUGGUGAUCAUGAGCUCGAUCCUGGAGCACAUGUGUGCUGACGUGCUGCAGCAGACGGCCACGCAGAUCAAGUUCCCGUCCACAGGCAUGGACACGAUGCCCUACUGGAACCUGCUGCCCCCGAAACGGCCUAUCAAGGAGGUGCUGACAGACAGAUUCGCCAAGGUGCUGGAGAAGGGCUGGGUGGACAGCCGCUCCAUCCACAUCUUCGACACCUUGCUGCACAUGGGAGGCGUCUACUGGUUCUGCAACAACCUGAUUAAGGAGCUGCUGAAGGAGACGCGGAAGGAGCACACGCUGCGGGCGGUGGAGCUGCUCUACUCCAUCUUCUACCUGGACAUGCAGCAGGUGACCCUGGUCCUGCUGGGCCACAUCCUGCCCGGCCUGCUCACCGACUCCUCCAAGUGGCACAGCCUCAUGGACCCCCCCGGCACCGCGCUCGCCAAGCUCGCCGUCUGGUGUGCCCUGAGCUCCUACUCCUCCCACAAGGGCCAGGCGUCUUCCCACCAAAAGAAGAGGCACCGUGAAGACAUCGAGGACUACAUCAGCCUCUUCCCCCUGGAUGACAUGCAGCCCUCGAAGCUGAUGCGCCUCCUGAGCUCCAAUGAGGAGGAUGCCAACAUCCUUUCCAGUCCCGCCGACCGGUCCAUGAGCAGCUCCUUGUCAGCCUCCCAGCUCCACACAGUGAACAUGAGAGACCCCCUGAACCGAGUCCUGGCCAACCUGUUCCUGCUCAUCUCCUCCAUCCUGGGCUCACGGACCGCCGGCCCGCACACGCAGUUCGUGCAGUGGUUCAUGGAGGAGUGCGUGGCCUGCCUGGAGCAGGGCAGCCGCGGCAGCAUCCUGCAGUUCAUGCCCUUCACCACGGUAUCAGAACUGGUGAAGGUGUCAGCCAUGUCCAGCCCCAAGGUGGUCCUGGCCAUCACGGACCUCAGCCUGCCCCUGGGCCGCCAGGUGGCUGCCAAGGCCAUUGCUGCCCUCUGA